UUCAUCCGCGAUUCUCGUUGUUCUUGUUGGAAUAUUAUUUUAUUUUUUUUAAGCAAAUUCCUUAUUCUGCUGGAUUUCUUAAAAUCGAUUUGGAAUUUUUUAAUUUUCAACAAUUGUUCCCUCCAAAAAAAAUCCCGCAAUAUGUGGGAUAUAGAAACUACAAUUAGGGUUUUUUUUCUUUUCUCUAACAAAAUCGACUGGUUCCUUAGAGAGAAUAACUGUUGACGAUUAAAAACUUCCAUCUCGAUUUUGUGGACUUCGGAACUGAGUGACGGAUUCGACUUGCUUGCACGAAUUCAGCACUAAAAUGUCCAGAUUUGGAGGGAAGACGCCUUCUAAUCAUGAUGAUACGACUCCAAAUGAUUAUGAACAACAAAGACUCAGGCAUAUUAAAUCUAACAAGCUGAAAAUGCAAACUUUAGGUAUAAAGCGCAUUGCUGCUUGUGUGACAAGUUUGGUGGAUAGCUCAAAACCUCAGAAAAGACGACAAAAAUGUAAUUUUACAAUUGAGAAAGAUGGUGACUAUGUGCCUGACGAGGAUGAGGAAGAUGAGCGUGAGGAUCAAACUCAAAUUAUGACUACAAAUAAAAAGGUUAAAAAUAAUGAGAUCAAAGGAGGAGGGAAAAAAAACAAAUUUAUUGCACCGAUGUCAGUUGCCAAGUUAUUAAGAUCAAGACCGAACAAGGAAAAACAAGCAGCACAUGGAACAAAAGAAGUGGGAACAAUUAAAGAAACCCUCUCAACUUUACAAGAAGACCUUCAACGACAAAAGACGUUAAAGGAUAGGCAAAGCAAUAAUCUCCAUAGAGUUGAUUUAGAGCAUGAUGAGAGGCAACUUGUUGAGAACAAUGAUAAUAAUGCUUUAGAAGAUCAAGAAGGCGGUAAGGAUCUAGACGAGACAAGAAACUAUGGUUUAGAAAAUCAAGAAAAUAAUAUCAUUUCAAACACGUUGAGAAAUCAUGACGAGGAGACACUUGCUGACAAGGAGGGGGGAGAGGAUAAUUCUGCAAACAAGAAAAAGAAGAAAACAUACAAGACCGUCACUCCUAGAGGCCCUACAAGAAAUCUUCAAAUGGCAAGAAUGAGACCCGGUGAGAAGAAAAAAGUGGAUUUCAACAUAAAAGGCCAACCUAUUGGUGUGAAUAGAGCUUGUCUUGCAAGUUAUUGUGGCUCCCUUGUUAGAGAUCCUCUUAAUGCCCCACUUCAAAAGUUGAAAGUAUUUUCAGAAAUUCCAGAAGAGAAUAAGGAGAAGAUGUGGGAUCUUGUUCUGGAAAAAUUCGAUAUUGGACUUGAGGAUGAUCAAGAUGAAGGGGAACGUGAAAAAAUAAAAAAAGAAAGGAAAACAUACAUCAUGGGGUCUUUGAAUAAAAAAUACAGGAAUUAUCGUGCAAGACUGAAAGCUGAUUAUUAUGAUAUUGAGAGCACAGACGAGGAGAGGCUUAAAGAAGAAAAUAGGCCACCAAAUGUUGACAAAGAUGACUGGGAAUGGCUUGUUGAGUACUUUGGAUCAGACGAGUUUAAGGGUAAAAGUACAAGAAAUACCAAAAAUCGAUCUUAUCAAGAUGCCGGACACACUUCUGGUACAAAGAGUUUUGCUCAAAAAGUUGAAGACAUGUUCGAACGUGACAAAGUAAUGCCGACCAUGCUAAAAUUGUACGAAGAAACUCAUUCAAAAAAUGAUAAGACACCGGUUACUGAAGUGGCAAAAGAAACAAUGUCAAAAAUGAAAGAGCUUUUAGCGCAACGUGAGGCGGGAGAAAUAAAGAUGACAGAUGAAGAAAUCUAUGCAAAAGUUAAACCCAUUGGUAAACGCGGUCGUGAUCGUGGCAAGGGAGUAAGCCCCUCUAUUACAUCAUUAUAUGGGUCAUUCAGUGAAGGAGAAAAACUGCGAAAAGAAGCUAAUGAGGCAAAGAUUGAGGCAAAGGAGGCCAAUGAGAAAAAUGAAGCACUUACUAAAGAGUUGAAAGUGAUGAAAAAAAAUAUGGAACUUAUGAAAGGGUUCAUGGGAAAAAUAUUUGAUCGUUUGGGUUUUGAUAUGGAUGAGUUGUAUGCGGAAGGGGAUGGGGAUGGGGAUGGGGAUGAGGAUGAGGUUGAGGAUGAGGAUGUGGACGAAGAGCAUGGUGAGGUGUUACGCUGAACUGUUGCUGCUGUUACGUUGAUUUGCUUUUGUUGUUACGCUGUAAACUGCUGUUGCUGUAAGUGCUGUUGCUGUUGCUAUUGCUGUAAGUGCUGCUGCUGUUGCUGUUGCUGUAAGUGCUGUUGCUGUUGCUGUAACUGUUGUUUCUGUUGCUGUCGCUGUUGCUAUUGCUGUUGCUGUAACUGCUGUAAGUUGUUGCUGCUGCUACUGUUGCUGUAAGCUGCUGUAAGCUGCUGCUGUUGUUGCUGUAAGCUGCUGCUGUAAG